AUGUCGACCGAUCAGGCCACUGGCCCUGGUUUAGGGGACCUCGAGAAGGAGUUGACGUGCUCAAUAUGCACAGAUCUUCUAUAUCAACCGCUCACCCUUCUCGAUUGCCUCCAUACCUUUUGCGGAUCGUGUCUCAAAGAAUGGUUUUACACUCAAGGAUCUCGCCGACCCUCGUCCUCGUCCUCUCCUCGCUAUACAUGCCCCUCAUGUCGUGCCAGCGUCCGCGAGACUCGUCCAAAUGCCACCGUGACCACCCUACUGGACAUGGUGCUGACCGCCAAUCCCGAGCGAGCCAAGCCAGCUGAAGAAAGAGCCGAAAUCGAACAACGAUAUAAGCAUGGAGAGUCGAUCUUUCCUCCUGGUACAUCGCCAGGAAACAGUGCAGCGGAGUCUGAUGAGGAGGACCAGAGAAUAUUGGAGGAAAUUCGCCAGCUGAGUCUGCGAGAGACUCGGAGUCGGACGAGGACAGCGACUCAACGGACUCAGCAGUCAUCACGUACACGACGGACCGACAGUACAGAUAUCGAUGGACAAAGGGAUGAUACAAGAUCUCGCCGACGGCGAGAAGAGGAACGAGCGACACGGAGGCAGCGGGCCAAUAGACCAACUACGACUGGACCACUGGACGGCAACGCGGACCGGACGAGAAGAAUUGAACACCAGUCAAGUUUACGAUCUUUGUUGAGCCUAUCGGAUACCGAGUCUAUGGAGGAGGAAAUUUUACGCCAGAUCUUUGAGGAGGGGUUGUUGGAUGAUAUUGACUUGGACAACCUCGAGCCAGGGCAGGAAGAGGAGCUCAGUGAGCGCAUUGCGGACGCAUAUCGACGAAGGCAUAUGUUACGUGCCCGUUCGCAGCGGCGCCAGGAUACUCCUGACCAACCCCGGGCCCAAAGGCAAACUCACGCGCGAUCACAAUCCAUGCAAAGACCACAAACAUCCACAUCGCAAGAAGCCAACAAUAGCCCGUCUACCGCGAGGCCAUCCCGACUUGGACCUCCUACAUCACGGCCGGGGCCUUCCAAUCACCAGAGGCACCUCUCAGAACAAGGCGGACCCCGUCGAAGGAGGAUGUCCCCAGUGCCCCAUAACCCAGCGUCCUCGUCAGACGUCACACUCGGGCCCGCUGUCAGGUCAUCCAGUGAUAUAAUACCGGAUCGUCCCCGCAAUAGUCACUCCCGUUCGCAGCCAGCAGACUCCCCUGCGCCAAGGUCUCGACGUGCUACUUCGUCUGGCCAAAGCGCCUUGAAUGUCGCAGUCGGUGACACAACUAGGACUUCGAGUCAUACCCGCAUAAGAUCCUCAAUUGAUUCCCCAAGAGUGAAUCUGGCAGGACGGAGUCCUCUAGAAAGCCUCAGCUCUCUACGCCUGAGAAAUGGCACAUCCGAGAUAUCUGAAACUAGCUCUGUUGUAGCGGAAGUCAAUGGUCCGGCUAGACAAGAAGCACGCGCCCGACCAUCAUCAUCUCGUUCUCAUGCGCCACCGCAGCCUGCUAACUCAUCACUGGAGCCGAGCAUUUCCUGUGAGCGCUGUGGAAAGCCCAAUAUACAAUACGAACUGCACAAGACUUGUCUGCAGUGUAAGGGUGGCAACUACCACAUAUGUCUCAGAUGCUAUCGCCUGGGACGCGGGUGUCUGGAGUGGAAGGGAUUUGGAGCAACGGCACAGGCUGAGCUCGGGAAGAUUAGAGGACAACCAAGGGAGCAGCAAAGCCAGACAGGAACUUCUCAGCAUAUUCUACAAUCCUUCAAAUACUUUCGACCACCCGACGCAGCCCAUCGGUUCAUGAGAGACGGAAGGCAGAUGACAACAGAUGAUCCUGCUCGCAGACUGCAACAGGGGCUUUUUUGCGAUUCUUGCCAAUCGUCCGCAAAUGAUGGGAUUUGGAGAUGCAAUCAAUGCAAUGAAGGGGAUUGGGGAUUUUGCAAUACGUGUGUUAACCAGGGGAAAUGCUGUACGCACCCAUUACUCCCGAUCUGCCGCAUUGGACCCGGAAGUCAAGUACAAGAUCAAUCCGGGAGUGACGACAAAACGGAAAUAAUCAAGAUCCUGACAAUAUCCACUUGCUGCGACAUCUGCACCAAUCCUAUUCCGACCUCGACACUUCGAUUCCAUUGUCUACGAUGCAAUGGCGGUGACUACGACCUGUGCGCCAACUGCUAUUUGAAACUCGUCGCUAUCAAUAAGGUCCGCAAAGAGGACGGCCUAAAUGGUUGGCGUCGUUGUGCUCGGGGCCACCGCAUGGUUGUCGUAGGGUUCGAAGACUCGCCAGAAGGUCCACGCCGAAUCAUCGCGCGCAACCUUGUUGGCGGCCACGCCCUCAAGGAGAACCACCUCCCACCAAUCUCGCCCCCAAUCCAAGCCACUUCCAACACACCCGGCACGCCUACAUCAGAAACAUCAUCGACAGUGGGUGACUGGAGCUGGAAAGAAGGAUCUGAACGUCGAAAGAAAGCCUCCCGAAUCCGAUCAGCCUGGAAUAACGAGCGGGACCGAGAUCAUCGCUCUCCGAAUUCUGACCCGAGCACACCAACCUCUCUAAAUCCCGGAUCACCUCAGAGCCCCGGCACGGCUACCAUUCUGAACAGCCGUCGCUUCCCGCCAGAUGGCGGCGUCGGCCUGAUCGUCCACGCAAUGUGGUCCUGGAUCCCCGAAGAAGGCGUCCACGACGAACUAAUGUUCCCGCGAGGUGCGGAAAUCACCGAGGCCGAAAAUAUCAACGAUGACUGGUACUGGGGCUGCUAUGCCGGGAUGACGGGCCUCUUUCCCGGGUCGCAUGUUACUGUGGUCGGGGAGAUUGUCUAG